AUGAAAACACAGAAGGUCAGGGCAUACCCUGAAACCUCCAUCAUCGCUCUGUUGGGAAAGAGGGUUCAGCUGAAGAACAUCAUUGGGAACAUGAUCCUCAACAACAAAGAUGCUUUUGUCACAGUGUCAGAUAGCUUUGAAUGGAAAGCAAAGAAACUAUUCAAAAUCAUCAAAACCCCGGAUUUCUUUAAUGAAGGAUGCCUGAACCCGGACCAGCAAAUCAUCGACUUAAUGGCGCUUUCGUAUCCCGGCCCCAAACUGUUUAUACUGGCAGUGGAUUCAGAAAACACCAAAGAGGAAAAAGUCAUGGCUCAAAUCAAGCAACUUCAGGAUGCCUUCGGAGAGAAAAUCACAAGCAACUUGGCAGUCACGCUGCCAGACAUCGAGAGCUUCCAGUCACUGAACCACCUCAGAGAAAAGCUUUGCAUCAUGUUGACAAUCGCCAAUGAAAAUCUGGCCAGUAAAUGUGUAGAGUGGUGUUCAGGCCGCCAGCCUUUCCUGUAUGACUACAAAAGCUACAUAGAAAAAGCGGUGAACCGAAGAAGGGCGACCUUACAGAACAGAGGUUUCAGCGGUCAUGGCAGUCCUCCAUAUGGACAGUGGAGAGCAGACAUAAGUGAGCAAGCCUGUGGGGGAGUAUCAGAGCCUGAUCAACACACUGGUAUGCUUCAGAAGAUACUAUAUAUUUUCAUCAAUGUUUAG